AUGAAAGGCUGGGAGUACGAUCCUGAAGUCCGUGGAGCCGAUAGUGACAACGACUUCGACAUCAUCGAGCACUUCUCCGAAGAUGAGGACGCAAAACCUAGCCAAGCAGCCCCGCCAGCCAAGCCUUCCACCGCCCAGGCGCGUUCUACGUGGUUUCCGAAGGCAACUCACCGCCGGUUGCUGGGUUAUAGCUUAUCUAGAUCGCAAUUGACUCAAGAGGAUCAACACGCCGCUCCCGCUGGGAUCUCUCACGGCCACAUAGGGGACCCUCCCGACCAACUUCAGCGAAAUGGGCACGCAAAUGGGGGAAUAAGUGAGAUAAGUCAUGCAGAUGGCGGUCUAGGUUCACCCUAUGACGACGCGCUUCCUGAUAUUGCUAGCAUGACGGAGGAGGAAAUCAAAGCAGAACAGCAGUUCCUCUACGAGAAGCUCGGGAAAGACAUGUGUGACUUUCUGAUACAGAGAAGACUGCGAAAGAUGAAAGAGCUCAAUGAAGGUCCCAAAUCUGCUGAGAGUGAGGCCACUGCAUGGACACCCAAUCCUACCGUUCCACCGGCUGUUUCUGGUGGAAAAGGACCAACAGUCGAUACGACUAAAGCAUUAUCCACACUGUCCUUCAAAGCGGAUGCAGAGGAGCUCCGCAAAUUGGAGUGGACUAACCCAGUGGAGCCCGAUGCAACUGGAGGAUCGAUCGACGCUGGCAAUGUGCGGCUACACCAACUUAGGUUCGACUUUGAAGGGCAUCUAUUGCGUCCUGAGAAUUGUAAAGACGGCGCGAAGCAUAGGCAUGAGAGUUCUUUGUACAACCACGGAAAGAAUCCCGACCAACCCGGGUACACCAUCCCGGAGUUGCUGGAGCUCAUGCAGAGCACAUUCAAGCCCCAGGUACAGAUAGCUGCACAUACCCUCUGCAACGUUAUCCGCAACGCCCAUAUAUCCAGCCCUCCGUAUUUCGGCUACCCUCGCGAGCGUUGGUUAAGAUACGUCACACACGAUGCCAACAUGGUUGGGAGGAUGGGCUAUGCAGUCAUGGAGCACAUGGGAUCAUAUGAAGUGCUAGGAAGCGCGCUCAGGUGCCUAUCAAUCAUGUUAUACGGGGAUUUGGAUCCAGAAAGCUUUGGUACUCAAAGCUUGUCAUCUACUGAGGAUGACUCGGUGCUGCGCUCCAACACCAUUUGGCCGAUGCAGGAAUCCCUGGCUGGGCUUCACAUCAGGGAUAUGGGCGUCGCCCUUUACCGAUGGAAUACAUAUGUAGCUACCUUCGAGGGUGUUUCCUCAGCGUACGCUAAGUAUGGGCCCGCAAAGUCCGCUGAGGCCAAUUCGCCCACAGCCGAGUCGUCUGCCAACUCCUCGACUAGUGGCCAAGAUGACACUGACAAAAGGCAAAGUAGCUCGUCCAAAACAACUGACGAGGCGCAAGAAGGACGUCACGGUGGUAAAAGCACUACUGUCAAGUCGGUGAGAUUCGCGGAUCAAGACGAUGAUACGCCGAUGGGUAGGGAAACUCGUGACAGGAGAAUGAUGGAGUUUUACCUUGACGCUCUCAAUGGCGACUUCAUAAGUUUGGAGUUGGAAGACAUCAAGCAUAGGCUUGCAGUGGCAACGGAUAUCGAAGAAACAGACUACUACAGACAGAGUAAUAUGGAUGACACCGUUUACCUUAUAGUGCGCGGCGUAAUCGGUAGACUCUGUAACGUGGUGUCGCAGCAUGAGGCAUCCCUGUCUCUUAAAUCGCGCUUUAUGACGUUCGUUUGCGGCCUGUUGAUGCGUCUAGGCAAGCCAUUUGCACAAGCACUGGUGAAGUAUGAGGCCCUUUGUGACCUGUUGGAGUCUUUCACGGCGUUGCUGAUUGUCGGCACGGAGCAACACAGAAAACUAUCUGAACUUGCUGGGAAAACGCAUAGUGAUGCCGAAUUGCGCAGUGAUCAGGUCCAUCUCACUUCGGCGGUACUGUGUUGUAUGCGGCUGUUAUCAGUUUUCGACGACAGAGCUUUUGCUACCUUGCUGGAUCGAAUCGGCGCCAUAGCCCUGGUGAAACAGACUCUUACAUUCACAUACGGCUCACAGUUAUCAAAGCUGUUCAACGCCGCUGCGAAUCUACCUCCGUCCGUUAAACCCUUCUCAGCAAACCUCGUCAUGCCCUCUGUGAUGGCUGUCAGAUGCCUUACCGUGUGGACUCUACAAAACGAGUACAACGACACGCUUGAUGAGAUUGUGCCAGUCAUUGACCUCGAAGUGUUAACACUGUGCAACAUGAUUCGAAGGGGUGGUUCAACUCUGAAGUCUUUUCUAGGCGCCAAUGGUGUCGUCAUGACGCAUAUUUUCAUUCACAUGGCAGCCCUCCUGGAACGUGAGGCGGGGAAGCACGUGAAGUUCAUAUGGGAUAUCGACCGUAUGCAUGAUCUGCUGAUUGCGCUCUGUGAAUCUGAUGAAACAAAUAACAGUAUGGAUGCACGCAGGCUUAGCGCCAGCCUUUUCCAGUUACAAAGCGUAUACAUGCGACACUGCCAACAUGAAGAGUCGGGCAAGAAGUUAGAAAACAUCUCCCGUAGGAGCGCUGUGGUUCUCAAAUCCAUGGAAAGGUACUUAACAGCUAUUGCGGAGCGGUUUUGCCACGAAAUAGUUAAUAACGAUGUCGGCAACCUGGGCUACAGAUGGUGGGGCACGCAAACAAUGACAGGUAACGAACAGCCCAUCAUACCAGCACACGAUGGCGACAAAGAAGUUGAUCUAUACGUGGUACCAGUACAAAUCGCUAAUUUUAUGCUGGAAGCGUUGGAUGUUUUGCGAACAGAAGAUGCAGAACUUUACAACAGUGUUCGGACAAAUGUAGAACCAAAGUUCAAGCUGAUGAUGAAUACAAUAGUUGAACGAAUUGCAUUGGUCCAAGAAUAUAAUGCUUCCGGAGCAAUUGCCUUCCCAUGUGAGGAAGGUAUAAUAGCUCAAAAGCCCAUUCCAAUGUUGGAAUCCUGGUCAAGCUUCAUUCUGCGUGCUGUCAGGGUUUUUGGUGGACACUCUUAUCAAACAAGAGGAGGCAAUGCUGAUCUGGGAUCGUCAAUAGGCGUGACCAAUAAAACUGGUGAUGGUUUUAUUGGGGAUCACGACAACAGCACAAGUUGGGUGACAGGCCUCUUCGCUGCACUCACGAUAUCUGGUUGUUACCACACCAUUGCAGAUAUUUGGAGCACGUUAUCCUUGAUUUGCGGUUUCAACAAUGAUGCAGCAAUGGCGGUGGGAUUCAAGGGCGAGCCCAAAGUGGAUAGCAACGCAGUCAACGGGGGCUGUGCCAAUGUUGUGAACGCGUUCAGAGAGUUCAACGAGAUGGUUGCCAGUGCAAACACUUUGGGCGACGCCAGCAUGCCUGUCAUGACUUUUAUCGCAUUCGUGCCGACGUUUUUCAUUAGCGCCAUUACGGUCGGUACCGCUAUAUCUGCUAAUUGCGCGCAAGCUGUGUUGUUAGACGCUCUCAAUAAGCGUGAGCGGUUCAGGGCUGAAUUCCUGAAAUGGGUACCUCCUUUCGACGUUGCAAAUAGCCUGAUCAAAGCUGUAGUCAGCGCCGACAAAGAUGCGAGCUGGAAUGUUGAUGUUCGUCUCCUCGAGGCCCUCGAAGUUUUUGUUUUCCGGAGGUUGUCGGUACUCGGCGAGGAAAAGUCAUCUCUGUCGAGUGCACAGGCUGCGGGUAAUGUCACCGAGUUGCAUGAUACGAUGGAUUACAUGGUAGCUAGGAUUGUGAAUAUGAACGUGCGCAAUCACGACAAACACUUAUUGAUGGCACCGAUAGGCGCUACCGGGUCGACACCAGCCGCAACCGAGCACGAUGAGCUCAGCAAGGCGACAGUAAAUAUCAUAAACAGAUUCAACAGCGGAUCUGGGGACUCUCCAUACGUGAUGGGUGUUAUAAUGCUGCUCAUUUCCGCCUUCUCGAGGGUCGACUGCGCCAAGCGCAUAUGGGCUGACAUAAACCUCAUGGUAUUGUUAGGCCGUAACUUGACUGUCGACAGGGAUAGUUUGGAGGUUGUCUGCAUACAUCCAGAUGGGCGUUUGUCACUAGGCAGCGCCGUGAUGUACCUCCCCAACUUUAACGAAAGCGAAGAGAUUUUGCGCAGCCAGCGGCGACUGCUCCAAGAAUUUGGACCUAGUGACCUGGCCUCUCAUAAUGCAAUCAUGCUGAUCGCCAUGGCUUCGCUCCAGAAAUACGACCGGAUGCAAAAACGGGUUUAUCGGAAUUCAACCACGUGA